AUGACUUCGGCCUUUCUUCAGUCAGAGCUUACGAGCCUGAUUGCAGAUUCCAAGAAGAAAUUCGGUGACGUGAAAAUCGCGGCGGAGAAGUCUCUAGCAGACCUCAAAAACAUUACGGUAACGUCCGAGACGCAAGUGGCGGCAGACCUGAAUAGACGACCGCAUUUCAUCGACCCUUUCCUGCUGGCAUGCCAGACCAAAAGCCCCAAGCUUGCAAACUCCGCCACUGCUUGCUUACAGAGACUUAUUGCCAGCCGAGGAGUGUCUCCAGAGCGUCUAGAAGAGGUCCUCGACGCUUUGAAGGACGUCGUCAAUGCUAGUUACGACGUCCAGCUGAAGAUCCUCCAGACUCUACCUGCACUAUUGCAGCUGUAUGGUACCCAAAUUCAUGGCCAGCUAUUGGCUAGAACGCUGGAGAUAUGUGCAAUCCUUCAGAGCAGCAAAACGCCAUUAGUCAGUUCCAGUGCUGGGGCUACUCUAUGGCAACUGAUUGCAUCGGUUUUUGAGGAAGCGAGUCAUGAGCAGACAAGUUCCGAGGUUACGGAAUGCGCAGAAGACGAAUCUCAGACUCGUGCGUCCACUUCAGCAGAUGAUGCAGGUAGACUCUUCGAGGAUCUGUGCUCCGCUCUUAAUCAGACAGAGCCGACAUUCAUCAAGACUGGAAGCCUUUCGCCUGCCUAUCUGGUUGAAACCCUCCAGAAAGUCAUUGAUGGACAUGCAUCCUAUAUCAGGAGCAAGCCUUACUUACUUGAAGCCUGCCGUACGCAACUGCUUCCGGCCAUUGCGGGACUGCUGGAGAAUCGUGACGACUUUGCCUUUAUGGUUCUUCUUCUGGAGACUAGCUAUACCCUACUGCAGAAGCUGGCACCGCUGCUGUUCACAGACCUGAGUCCGGUGCUUUCUAUCAUCCUGGGAUUCACCGAUCGAGAUGCGGGUCCACUGUGGAAGCGCGCGUUAGCUUUAGAGUUCCUUUCACGCAUAUUCUCUAAUUUUGGCCUUGUCGCGCGCCUUUUUGAUGAGCUCAAAGACGACGCUGGCAACAUUGUCACUGAUGCUCUGGCAAGCUUCGUUCGGAUCGCCUCAGAGGAUCCUGCCCUCAUAGGCCUUGGCAGGCAAUCUACAGUUCCUGCUCAGCACAGAAAUGAAACCAGAGAGGAUGAUAUGGCCGCUAUCGAGGCACAGGGCGUUGGUGGCGGAUUGGCAUCAGUCACUUCCGCUGAAGUCGGAGUUACUGGCAUCAGUUUGGAGUUCAGCACUAUGGACGCAACGCUCCUGGAUACAGCGGAUGCAUCUCGCCUCAACGCCGUUCCGAAGACGUAUUUGAGUACCCUGGUGCUCGAAUGUAUAUCAUCUUUGUGCGAGGGGCUUUCUAAAUUCAUCAUGCCCCUCAGCGUGCUCACGCGAAACCAGGAAGAUGGAGACGACGGUGACGAAGAUACAGAGAACGGUACAGAAAGGCGCAGUCAGUCAGUGACCAGAACAUCAUCUCAACGGCGACGAGUUCAAAAGCAUAAAUACCAGCGCCUGGCUAAUCCGCUCAGUUUCAAAGAUCUACCACAGCUGCCCCAAGUUCAGGCAUGCGCUCGAAUGGUGGAGAGCUGUUGGCCUGCUAUCCUGGCCAUGUGCUCGACGUUUCUCAAUGCCGCCCUCGACUCACACUUCUAUCACAUUCUGAUCAGGUCGAUACAGAAGUUGACCCAAGUCUCAGGAACGCUUGAGCUCUCGACGCCGAGGGAUGCUCUUCUGACAAGCCUGGCGAAAGGUUCUGUGCCACCGAAUGCUAGCUCCGUCAUACAACUUUCAUCACCCGUCGCUAAGAGACAUCACGAUCCAUCUGGCCAACAGAACCACAGAGAGCCUCUCAAAUCGCCAACGUCAGAGUCGUAUCAAUUGUCUCUCCAGACGCCGAGGCAGACUUUGAAUGUGAGACACUUGCUCUGCCUGCGAGCGCUCCUCAAUUUGGGCAUUGCUCUUGGACCUACUUUAGGAUCAGAAUCAUGGUUCAUCGUCAUAGAAACCCUGCAACAAGUUGAGGCACUCAUGACGAUUGCCUCGAUCGGCCAACUAUCAGGCGUGGCUCAAGAAGGCCAAAAUACCCUGACUGGUGAAAUGGCCGCGGUCAACACAGCAUCCAAGCGAAUGUUUGAGAGUACCCGCUCUUACACGAAUGAAGCCUUUGCCAUUGUGAUAAGCUCACUGUUUCGCUUGAUGGGCGAGGCGCCAGAGGCCAGUAACGCCAAUAUACAAGAAACUGCGGCAUCCCCUGCCACUCUUGCCUCCCCAUCCAUUACUUCCCCCAUCGUCCGGAAGCACGGACACAGAGCCUCGAGAAGUGUUUCCGGGCUCUGGGUCAAGACAAAAGCGCUUGAUGUGGAAGUCUCUUUUGUCUUUGCGAAGCUCAAAGACCUUUCUCGCGUCAAUCUCUGCCGUUUUACGUCCGUAGCAGCGAAACACUGUACCUGGGAUCUGGUGAUAGCGAGACUUCUGAAAGCUUCCAAAAGCCCCGACCUGAAUGAUUCACUGCGUCUGCAGGCCGCCAAGGCGGUGGACCUCGUGGCUACCGAGACAAUCAAACUUCUCGAUCAUGCAGAGACAAGUGCGGACGACAUAGACAACCUCCAGAAUCUGAGCCUUGAGGCGCUCGCCACACAGGUAGUGGUGGAGCAUACCGAUUCUCACGACUCGGGAGUCAAUCCUUUUGUACAAUCAGAUAUUACCAAACUGGUGUUCGAGGCUCUUGAGGACAUUCUUGGCCACUCUGGUGAAACAUUGCGCAGUGGCUGGACAGUUGUCUUCCGAAUCUUAAGCCGCAGCUUCGAAUCUGUGUCUACUGCGAGCAAUGGCGAUGCUGAAUCCGAUCAUGCACAAUUCGCUGCUUCUACGCCCGUAGCAUUUCGCUGCGUACAAUUGAUUUGCAACGACUUCAUUCAAUCGCUCAAUCUUCAAUCAUUGGGACUUUUGAUUCCGCUGAUGUACCUCUUUGGUUCGCAGCAGCAAGACUUGAAUAUGGCUCUUACCGCCACCGGUUUGCUCAGGAACACCGCGACUCUACUGCAAGGCCGACUAGGAGCUAUCAAUGUGACCGACGAUGACUUUUCGGAAAUAGCAGAAAACGGGGAAGGUAGCCCAAGUUUCCUGCAACUGUGGUGCGCGGCUCUUACAGAACUCGCGAAGAUGUGCAGCGAUCCAAGACGGGAAGUCAGAGAUGCGUCUCUUCGGACACUAUUACAGUCCAUUGAAGGUGCAAGUGGCCAGCUCGCACCUUCGUCUUGGGGUCCUCUGCUUGAAGCUGUGCCGUUCUCCAUCUCUCAAGUCUACCAAUCAGCGAUGAGUCAGCGAGAUAUCGACCAUGAAGCACUUUCAACUACCGCAGCUCAUCUCCUUGAAGGUACGACCAGCCUGUUUGUCCAAAACAUGGAGGUCAUGGCAACUGACAACGCCUUCCCUGACACCUGGUCGAGGCUGAUUGAUAUAUUCAAUGUCACCUUGGAAGGCGGAGAGCUAACAACGUUUACGCUCGUCUACAACUGCGUCUCGCAGCUUCUGAAAGCUAUUCGUGCAGUGAAGACCGACCAUGUGCCACUGGUGCAGCCGGCUCUUUUGCUAUGGACCUGGCAUCCCGUUCCAGAACAUCAGAAAGAGGGCAGCGACGAGCCUAAUCAAGCUGCUCUGACGGCCCAUCUCCACAUGUUUGUGGAAGCCUAUGGCACAAGUCCAGCCACAGUCACAGGAUUUUCUCAUCAUAGGAGGAGCAUGAGUGAGUAUCUCACUACCGCUGUACGACAAGCCUUACUCACAGCCACUCAUCCGCCGUACACAAACGAUGUGAGAACGAUGACUCCCGAGCAGCAAGAAAUCAUCAGCACACUCGAAAUUCUCAAAGUGCUUUUCAAAAAAGAACCGGAAAAUUUCAGCGGCUUCGUACUUGAACUCAUCCAAGACAUGCUCGACAUUGAGAAAGGCUCACUUAAGCCGCGUGUGGAAGAAUUAUCUCGUUCGAAAAGACACCAAAAGCCAACGUAUAUCGCCGUCGCUUCGCACUGCAUUGACCUACUCCGCAAAGUCCUUGUGGACAUAAAAUCUCGGCCUGACUUCAUCAACAUGGUACAACUACCCUACGCACUUGAUAUGCUCUCCGCCAUCAUCAAGACCAAAUACACCCCUCUCCCUACAAACGCCAUCAACCCCAUCUGGCGCAACGCCACCACUGCCGCGGUGGACCUAGUAGAAGCAACCAGCACGCCACCAGCCGCUGCCGAGGACCUUGCCGACCUGUCGCAGACCCUAACUGCCGCUGUCACUGCCAUAUUAGGCCCCGGUGGCCUACCUCCGGUUCCGACCUCGUCCUGCCCGUCAGAAGACACCCUUGUAACAGACGAGUCCUUCGACACAUCUCACUUCGAGCGCUUCCACCAGGCCACCCUCCCCCUCCUUACCACCUCCACACCCGAGGCACAGCGGUCAUACAUCGUCGCACUGUUUCGCGCCUCCCUCCUCGCGCCGCCCUGGUACGGCGACUUGCCCGACCCAGCCGUCUUGCUUUCCGCGCCGCUAUCGCAUAUCACGACCCAGCGGCCAGGUACGGUACACAAUCCCGUCUUCGUACGGCGGGAACGCAUCGCGUACUCAGCCCUGGACGCUCUGUUCGCUCUCGUCUGUCCAACAUCCAACAAUGAGCUGGCGGACGAGGAUCAAUACAAACAGGUCCAUGCGGGCUACAACAGCGCAGUGGCCGCGCAGGCGGCACUAUACGUCCUGCUGCGCAUAGCCGGCCCGAUGAAAGCGUUCCUCGCGGAUCAGCCCAGCAGGGGCUGGACGCCGAUGCCGCGCACGAUGCAGCGGGAGAUGGAGGCCGUGCUGCGGCGUGCGGUGGAGCUUCGUGGUGAUGAUGUGGCUUUUCGCGCUGCAUUGGCGCAGGCUCGAGCUGAGGGGAAUGCGACUGCAGUAGCCGAAGGUGGUGGUGCAAGCGACCGUGUAAGCGAGAGCGGAAGUAAAGGCAAAUCUAGCGGAGACGCAGCAGAUAGGCACGGCGAUGGCGUAAGCGAUGGCAAGGAGCACCUGAGGGCUCUGUAUACCCUGGUGCUACGCGUGCAGCGGGAGUGGAGGGGUGCAAUGCGUGUGCCGGGCGGGAAGGGGUGGAUGGAUGCCGAGGACGGUGUGGGCAGGAAGAUUGAGACGUGCUUGGACAGGUGGGUGGAGGCUGUUGGGGGGGACUGGGGUGUGAACGUUGUUUGA